UAGACGCCUGCGCACGCGCGCCGCCUCAUUUCCGGUGCUCUCUCGCUGGGUCGCUCGGGUCGGCUUCGGUCGCCGUCGCUCCCGCUCUUCCACCCCCGCCAACCGCCGCUCGGGCCUCCGCCGCCGCCGCCGCGUCGCUCCCUCGCUCGCUCGCCGCACAUCCUCCCCGAUGCAGCGCCGGGACGACCCUGCCGCGCGCCUGACUCGGUCCUCGGGCCGCAGCGGCUCCAUGGACCCCUCAGGUGUCCACCCCUCGGUGCGUCAGACCCCGACACGGCCGUCACCGCUGCCUCACCGGUCCCGGGGAGGCGGAGGUGGGCCCAGAGGGGGCGUCCGGGCCUCGCCCGCCACGCAGCCGCCGCCGCUGCUGCCUCCCUCGGCCACGGGUCCCGACGCGACUGUAGUGGGGUCGGCGCCGACCCCGCUGCUGCCCCCGUCAGCUACAGCCGCGGCCAAGAUGGAGCCGGAGAAUAAGUACCUGCCCGAACUCAUGGCGGAGAAGGACUCGCUCGACCCGUCUUUCACUCACGCCAUGCAGCUGUUGUCCGUAGAAAUUGAGAAGAUUCAGAAAGGAGAGUCAAAAAAAGAUGAUGAGGAGAAUUACUUGGAUUUGUUUUCUCACAAGAACAUGAAGCUGAAAGAACGGGUGCUGAUACCUGUGAAGCAGUAUCCAAAGUUCAAUUUUGUGGGGAAGAUCCUUGGACCACAAGGAAAUACAAUCAAACGACUUCAGGAGGAGACUGGUGCAAAGAUCUCUGUCUUGGGGAAGGGUUCAAUGAGAGACAAAGCCAAGGAGGAAGAGCUUCGCAAAGGUGGAGACCCCAAAUAUGCCCAUUUAAAUAUGGAUCUGCAUGUCUUCAUUGAAGUCUUUGGACCCCCAUGUGAGGCUUAUGCUCUUAUGGCCCAUGCCAUGGAGGAAGUAAAGAAAUUUCUAGUACCAGAUAUGAUGGAUGAUAUCUGCCAGGAGCAGUUUCUAGAAUUGUCCUACUUGAAUGGAGUUCCUGAACCCUCUCGUGGUCGUGGGGUACCAGUAAGAGGACGAGGAGCCGCCCCUCCUCCUCCACCCGUUCCCAGAGGUCGUGGUGUUGGACCACCUCGAGGAGCUUUGGUUCGUGGAACUCCAGUGAGAGGCUCUAUUACCAGAGGUGCCACUGUGACUCGAGGCGUGCCACCCCCACCCACUGUGAGGGGUGCUCCAACACCAAGAGCUCGGACAGCAGGCAUCCAGAGAAUACCUUUACCUCCACCACCUGCACCAGAAACAUACGAAGACUAUGGAUAUGAUGAUACAUAUGCAGAACAGAGUUAUGAAGGAUAUGAAGGUUAUUACAGCCAGAGCCAAGGGGAGUCAGAAUAUUAUGACUAUGGACAUGGGGAGGUUCAAGAUUCUUAUGAAGCUUAUGGACAAGAUGACUGGAAUGGGACCAGGCCAUCACUGAAGGCCCCCCCAGCUAGGCCAGUGAAGGGAUCCUACAGAGAGCACCCAUAUGGACGUUAUUAAAAACAAACAGGAGGGGAAAAUAUCAGUUAUGAGCAAAGUUGUUACUGAUUUCUUGUAUCCCAGGAUUCCUGUUGCUUUACCCACAACAGACAAGUAAUUGUCUAAGUGUUUUUCUUCGUGGUCCCUUUCUUUUCCCCACCUUCCUCCAUUCUUAACUCUGCAUUCUGGCUUCUGUAUGUAGUAUUUUAAAAUGAGUUAAAAAUAGAUUUAGGAUAUUGAAUUAAUUUUUUAAGUGUGUAGAUGCUUUUUUUCUUUGUUGUUUAAAUAUAAACAGUGUACCUUUUAUAAUAAAAAAGAAGUUGAGUAAAAAAAAACACAAACAUGUUAGUUUCAAAAGUGGCAUUGCUUGCUUAAAGGUUCUGAAGUAAAGGCUUGUUAACUUUUUCUUAGUUUUGAUUUGAGGCACCCCGUAAAGUCAUAGUUGCAGAAUCCCAAACUAGGCUACAUUUCAAAAUUCAGGGCUGCUUAAGAUGUAAAAUCACAAUGUUAACGGCAGUAGGUGCCACCAUGUAAAAGUGAGCUCAGACGUCUCUAAAAACAUUUCCUUUAAAAGCACAUGGCGGUUGAAUCUUAAGGUUAAAUUUUAAUAUGAAAGAUCCUAAUGAAUUAAAUAGUUGAUGCAAUUUUUAACGUUAAUUGACUUAAAACAACAACAAAAUUAGGUUUGUAAAACUGACUUUUUCAUUAUGUGGGUUUUGAAAUCUAGCCCCAGACAUACAGUGUUGAGAGAUACUUAGUGGGGGGUGGGUGGGUAGGGUUUGGAUAAGGUUGAUGGGGGAGAGGAGUUGGCCACCUAAAUGGAAUUUGAUGGUGUACUUUUUAGCCACAAUCUUUUCAUUAAUAGUACUAAUAGUCAAAUUUUCAGUAUUUAAAAUGUCAGAGUAUUUUGUCCAUCUGAGCUUCUGCACUCCAUGAAAAACUCACUUGGACACUGGGGCCAAAAGCUGAUGAUGUUCAUUGAAUUGACCAUUGUCAAUUUUGAGCUGUUCCCAAGGUAGUCAAGUAUGUCUCAACACUAGCAUGAUAUAAAAAGGGACACUGCAGCUGAAUGAAAAAGGAAUCAAAAUCCACUUUGUACAUAAGUUAAAGUCCUAAUGGAUUUGUACCGUCCUCCCAUUUUGUUCUCGGAAGAUUAAAUGCUACAUGUGUAAGUCUGCCUAAAUAGGUAGCUUAAACUUAUGUCAAAAUGUCUGCAGCAGUUUGUCAAUAAAGUUUAGUCCUUUUUUAAUCAAAGUAAAUGUGAUGAAUUGUCAUUUUUGGGGGUGGACAAUAAAAUAGUUUUCUCUUUCACAUAAACUUAAAUUAACUCUAAAGUUAAUGGGCUUGUUAAAAGUUGGAGACAUUCUUAAAAGUGGUGGUGGGGAUUUUAUUUUAAGUUUACCAAAAAAAAGUUUAUGAGUUGUUAAGUUUUAGUUUAAAAAGAACCAAAGCUUUUUCACCCCCUGGAAGUUGUUGAAAGCAGUUUUAUCCAAUCCUAUCAAAAAUUUAAUUUUUAGAGAGAAAAACCCAACUGACUAAAACAGAUUGGUUUUCAUGUGAAGGUAUAGGUACUUCAAGUGCCAGCCACCCUAGCUUGCACCUUCUGUAAAAGAACCCUUAGGUGGCCUUAAAGAAUGACACCAAAUCUCUGGACUCAGACAUUGAUUUUACUUGUGUUCAGAUACCACAAUUCAGCAAAAACCUGGAUGCCCUUGAGGGUUUCCCUUCCAAUCCUAGAGAUGCUGUUACAACAGGUCAGCUGGCUUGGGGCAGGAGCUGGCAUGGUAGGCUGGUCCUGAAUUCCAUCCCACAAGACUAUGUGUAAGAAAACGGAAUUGGUUAGCCCUGUUUCCACUCUUCAUUCCCAGGGACCUCAUUCUUUCCCUGAGAGCCGCAUAAACUGCUCGGGGGUGAAAAAUCCUCUUGUGUGAAGUGCCAAGCUGCCUGUAGCAGUGCAUGAUGGGCAUUUUUGUUUUUUCUUUUUAAAACACACCAACAAAAAAAUGUAUUUAUAGAUUGUGAUAAAGUGUAAAUAACUGAAUUUUCAACCAUGGUUUGAAGUCAGCUUUCAGGGCAUUAUGUCUUGUUUUGAUGAAAAGAGAUCACUCUAUACCCCCCUUUUUAAAGGAAAAUUAUCGCAAGAGAAUCAGGAUGUGUAAAGCUAACAUGCAUCGCAAAAAACCAAAGGUAACCUAAAUGUCUGAUUUUAAUAGCACAUAUUUCUCUUUUAUAUAAACUGUGACAGCAACUUGCAUAAACAAUUCUUUAGUUGUUAAUUUUAAUGUUAAAACUUUGCAAAAAUUGUUUAAUAAAAAUAGCUGUAAAAAGAAAAACCAUAUGCUGCCGCAUAAAUUCUCCAUAACUCUUAAUAAUCCUGCCCAUCACAAGUGAACUGUAAUGUAACUUGGGCACAAAGUCUGACAUCUUAAAUGACACAUUGUAAAAUUUCAAUGACUGUAGAUAAGAAGACCUGCUGCACCCCAGAGUAAAGCUUUCUGCUCAGCUGUUUUAAAAUGUACAAGGAUGAGCCCCCAAGACACCAUAUUGAUAUUCACAGUGCAAUGUUAUUUGAAUUUUCUAAGAAGUUGCAUGUUUCUUUCCUGUAAUGUGUAAAUUGCAUGCAGGAUCUCUCUCUCUUUUAUUUUGUAUGUCUUUAAAGCUUCUUCUAAACACUCAUCCCUGAUUUCUCAAUUUUCAGGUGACCGAAAAUUCCUGAGGCUUUUCCUGGAAUAGAAUGGGUAUCGAAGACCCAUGUCAGUUGAAAAGAGGGUCUCGCUACGUAUCCCCGGCUGUCCUGAGAUUAGCUGUAUAGACCAGGCUGGUUUUGAACUCCGAUCCUUCUGUCUGCCUCCUGGUUGCUGGAAUUAAAGGUAUGUACAAGCAUAUAACCAACCUAUUUUUUAAAAAGGGUAGGGGGCACUAGAAAAGAGUGAUCCAUUUACCCAUGUGAUAGUGUGCAUGUAUAAUCCCAAUGCCAGGGAAACUGACAUGGGCAGAUCCUUGAGACUUGGUGCCCAGCCAAGCUCGCCCAGGUCUCAGCAAGAGAGUGUAUCUUAAAGCAAGGUGGAGCAUUUGUGUAGUAUAUACGCCAGGUCUUGAGAUUGAUUCCCCAGUGCCCAUCGUCAUCCAGCCUGUUCUAGAGCGGUAUAACUGAAAAUGAAAGCUGGAGCUGGAAAGAUAGCUAGGUGGUUAAAAGGUUUCAGAGAGCUUGAUGUUUUUUUCAGAGGACCCAGUUUGGUUCCCAGCAUCCAGAUUAGUAGCUCACAGCUACCUGUAGCUUCAGCUUCGGGGAAUUUUAUGCUCUCCUGUGGCCUGCUUGCACCCUGGCACAGAAGUACACAUAUACAUAAAAAAAAAACUUUAAGUGAAAAAUGUAGAGAACUAGGUGGAUACAAAAGCUCUUAGAACACGAUUUAGUGACUGGCCAGAAAUGGGAGAAAAGAGAUACACUAAGUUUUUUUGGGCUGAAGCCAGACAUGGAAGGUAGAGCAGGCCUUUAAGUCAGGAGGAUCUCUGCAUUUGAUUUCUAUCAGGGCUAUAAUGUAAUGAGACAAAAAAGGGAGAGGGAGAGAGAUUAUGGGCUGAAAGAACGGUAGGUGUGGGAAGCAGUGUCAUUUAGAAGAGGCAGGAGCCAGGCGGUGGUGGUGCAUAAUCACAGGACUCGGGAGGCAGAGGCAAGUGGGGCUCUGAGUUCAAGGCCAGUCUGAUCUACAGAGUAGUUCAGCCCAGACUACACAGAGAAAGCCUGUCCCCCCCUCCCCAAAAAAGGGAAAAGACAAAAGGCCGUGUCAGCUGGGCUGGAGAGGUAGAUCCAGCUUUGGUUUCCAGCACUUGUGUCCACCAACUCACAACCACCUAUAACUGUAAUUCUGGGAGAUUCAAUGCCUCUGCCCUCCAAAAGCACCUGCACUCGGGAGCACGUGCACCCUCAUACAUACACGUUUUUAAAAAUCUUUCCAAAAAUGGAAUCACUUCUGAGGGCUUUUUCAUCACGUUAGGUCCCGGUGUCUAGGGAUAAGAUGUGUCUUCUGGAUGACCCUGGGUUUGAGGGUCAGGGAUGAACUCCUUUAUAAGGUCAGAUAAGAUGGACCCUUGGACCUAAAAUCAAACUUUCUCCUUUUCUUCCAAGAGUUUUUAAAACUCAAACUUUUUCAUGUCUGGGAAAACCAAAGAAUUUUCCUAUUUAGAAAGCUAUAAAUUUUGGAGUGUGAUGGAACAUGCCUUAAAUCUCAGCACUAUGGAGGUAGAAACAGACAUAUCUCUGAUUUCAAGGCCAAACCUGUAAUACAUAGUGAGGUCCCAGUUGGGACUAUAUAGUGAGAUACUUUCUCAAAUAAGUAAGUAAAUAGGUAAAUAUAUAAAUAAAAACUGCAUAGUGGAAUGAGGUCCCAGUUGGGCCUAUAAAGUGAGACUGUCUCAAACAAACAAAUAAAACCCGAAAGUGGCUGGUUGGUGGUGGCGCACACUUUUAAUCCCAGUACUCAGGAGGCAGAGGCAGAGCCAGGUGGAUCUCUGUGAGUUCAAGGCCAGCCUGGUCUACAGAGCAAGAUCCAGGACAGGUGCCAAAGCUAUACAGAGAAACCCUGUCUCGGAAAAACAAAACAAAACAAAAAAACAUAAAAGCAAAGUUAAGGUUUCAGUGGUUUUAGUUCAUUAUUCCCCAGAUUACUCUGCUCAGUCAUAUUCAAGGAUCAGUGGAUUUAAGACAUUACCUAACUGGCUGGGGGGAUGCCUCACUGGUUAAAAGCACUGGCUGCUCUUGCAGAGGUCCUGAGUUCAGUUCUCAGUACCCACAUGGUGACUCAGAACUACCUAUAACUGUAGUCCCAUGGAAUCUGACGCCCUCUUCUGAUGUGCAAAUGUACGUGCAGACAAAACAUUCAGAAUUAAAUAGAUAAGUCUUAAAAAGAGCUCACAGGGGGGCUGGAGCGAUGGCUCAACAGUUGAGAGCACUGGCUGCUCUGCCAGAGGUCCUGAGUUCAAUUCCCAGCACCCACAUGGUGGCUCACAACCACCUGUAAUGAGAUCUGGUGCCCUCUUCUGGCCUGCAGGCAUACAUGCAGGCAGAAAAGUGUAUACAUAGUAAAUAAAUAAAUCUUUUAAAAAAAAAAAGAGCUCACAGGGCUGUGUGCUUUUGUCUUUUGCCCGUCUGUACCUGUCAACCUGCCUGCUGAAUGCAACAAGUGGAGUCGAGCUGUGGAAAGGGAAGGUUGUAAGGGACGAAGCCAGACCAGAUGAAGGCUGAGAAGCCCUUGUCAGCCUCAUGGUUCUUAAUUUUCCACUUUGUGUCUUUGCAGCUGUCAGAGGACCCUGAAUACCAGGAGCUACCUGCUGUAUAGAGGCUGGCCUGGGGCAUUUGCUGAAACAUAGAAACCCAAGAGAGGAGAUCAACAAUUCUGUGUCACCCUAUCUCUUGAUCUGAUUUACCCACAGAAAGCCAGCCAGGAUCUUAGGAGACUCAUUGCUAACAGUUCCACCUACUCAGAACAUUUUAGUAGGAGGGGCUGAGGCUUUAACUCAGUGGUUGAGCAUUUCAUUAGCACAUAUGGAAGACCUGGGCUCCUUUUCCAUCACUUUUCCAAAACAAACAAAAGACAUCUUUAAAUGGCUUUUAAAGAAUUGAGAGGGAAGCCGGGCGGUGGUGGCGCACGCCUUUAAUCCCAGCACUCGGGAGGCAGAGCCAGGCGGAUCUCUGUGAGUUCGAGGCCAGCCUGGUCUCCAAAGCGAGUUCCAGGAAAGGCGCAAAGCUACACAGAGAAACCCUGUCUCCAAAAACCAAAAAAAAAAAAAAAAAAAAAGAAUUGAGAGGGAGCUGGGCAUGGUGCACACACCCUUAAUUCCCAAACUCAGGAGGUAGAGGCAGGCAGAUCCCUGAGUUCUAGGUGGGCCUUGUCUGCAGAACAAGUUCUAGGAUAUCCAGGACUACACGGAGAAACGCUGUCUGGAGAAGGGGGAGUGAGGGAAGGGACUACAUCCCUGAGGUAGCUCUCCAGGUCAGCAUACACUCCACUCUGGUGCCAUUGUCAACCUCUUGUUUCCCCUUAGCUUCCAUAGAAUGUACUAGAACAUCCUACUACUACCUGUGCCCCUACCCUGCCACACCUCUCUUGGGAAUCUUCAGCCUGAGAGCCCUUAGGCUAUUUCCAGAGGACUCCCAGGAAAGAUGAGCUCCUCUGUAACAUGCUAAGGAAAGUCAAGUCAAAUCAACUUAAGGGAAAGUUAAUUCAGAUUCUGAGCCUGUUUUCAUCUUUGUUGUCAGUACUUGUCCAAAAAGUUCUUGAAGGAUGGGGCUGUUGCUGCUUCACCUGUAUCACAUUUCUCAAGUAUCUGCCCCUGCAUGAGGGGUUCAAUAAAGGUUUGGUCACGUGA